AUGUCGGUCGAGGUUGGCAACUUCAGUGGUGAUUUCUCUGGAUUCGGGCAACCAGAUAACUUCUUCGCUCAAGACCCUCGAUUUCAGACCUGCUCGGAGCCCCUCACCCGCCACAUAAGCUCGGAGAGCUCCUUCUCCUCAUCCACACCAGCUUCGCCAAUGCUGGGCACCAGCUUCAGCUCCUUCUAUGCACUGCAAGCAAGCUCACCAGGAAGCCCCCUCUUUCCUGCGUUGCAGGAUAUGCCAGCUGCUAGCAUUGGCUCUCCAUACAGCAGCCAGAGCGUCGCAACAAGCUGCGAUGGGCAGUCCCCGAGAACACUACCAGAGGAAAUCCCAAGCGAAUCCCCCAAGGGACGAGACUAUCCAGUGGUCUGCCUCUUCCCCGGCUGCGACACCAAACCGUUCAAGCGCCGCGCAGACCUCGACCGCCACUACAAGCACAAGCACGCGCCCGCAUCGCAAAAGGAAUCGUACUUUUGCGACUAUCCCAGGUGCACGCGGCGCCGCGACCCUUUUCACCGACGCGACCACUUCCGCGACCACCUACGCGAGUUCCACAAGGAAGACAUUGAGAAGCGCGGCGGCGUGGUCAACGAGGAGUGGCUCGAGGACUGCAACCUGUCGUCGUCGUGGUGGCGAUGCGCCAAGUGCCUGGUGCGCAACUACAUCGAGAAGAGCGGCUACGAGUGCCCCAAGUGCAAGACGACCUGCCAAGCCAAGCGCAAGGAGCUACGUAUGCGUGACUGA